AUGUCUUCCACUCUCCUAGCUUACGGCACCGAUUAUGGAGGGGAUACGCGGGCUCAACAGCCAGCAUUCGGUAGCUACAAUGCAAGCAUGAUGAUGUACAACGUACCGCCGCAGACGGCAGCACAACAGGAGGUCUAUGACACGCAGCAAUUUACGCCGCGGCCACAUGCAGCUAUACAAUUGAUGCCUUCGGACGUCGCGUCAGGCUACUUCGCCUCUGAUACAUCUGGCGGCGCCGCGACUUCAUUAUCAGUGUCAGGGCAAGGCUCAAGCAGUUCAUAUCAGCCUCACAAUACUGCCAUAGGUUAUCCAAGCAACAUGUCUGAAUUGCAGCAGUCCGGAGGAUCAAACUCAGGAAUAUCAGGAGGUCGAGAUACAGACGAUACAAUAACUAUGAAGUGGAACAGCUUCCGACGACAAAUGGGGACGGUGUUUCGGGAUGUGUCUGAUGGACAGCUUGAUAGAGCAUCAGGCACACUUUUAGAACUUUCUAGAUGGUUCCUACCGCAGGUAUCCCAGCUAGGCUUGCAUCAAGAUGAUGCAUCUCUUCACCAAGAGAGGCUUGAUAUUUGGAACGACUUUAAUCACGGCUGGCUAGCGUUAAUGCUUCAGCAAAAACGGCUCAUGACUUCAGGACAAACACCCAGCACUCAAAGGCUUAUGACUCAAGGUCAAAUUGAGGAGAUGUGUGAUGAACUGAUACGGCUCUGUGAUGGGUUGGAGCGCCAUGGUCUCGUGGAUUACCAGUAUGGGGUAUGGGAGGACCAAAUCGAGGCUGCCAUAGAGGAGUGCCUUGAUCUAUUUUCCAAGUAA